AGAGGGGGGCGUUAGGUCAUGAUUAGGGAAUACCCCUCUGUAAUCUGUCUCUCCGCUGCACCGUUUCCAUCCCGGGUUAAAUACCGAGGAGGAUUAAACGCCGCACUGGCGGACCCCCCGGAUCAAGCACCCACGUUAGAAGACACCACAAGUUAGACGGAAAUCCAACUUGAUAGGUUCACCAACAAAUUAACGCAUAUACGUAGGACAUUGGCAUCUUACCUGUCUUUCCAUCAAUCUCGAUAAUCAGCCUUAUUCCCCUCAUUCAUUUUCAUCAUCUUACUAUUCCCUCUCACUUCUCCCCUGACUCCUCAUUCUACCGUCUCACUUAGCCCUACGAAUCAUGUCAGCGUAUCCCACAUCCGAAGGCGAACUCCCCUUCGACGCCCCAGGCGCAGGUGUGCCAUGCAAGACAUGGUACAAGAUCAUCGGAUCCCUCUCUGAAUCCAGCACACCGCCCAUCAUCGCAUUACACGGGGGUCCAGGCGCCGGACACGACUACCUAGAAGCACUCGUAGAUCUAUACGAGCAGCGCAGCAUCCCCUUAGUCCUAUACGACCAAAUCGGAUGCGGGCGAUCAACACACCUCCGAGAGAAACUCGGCGAUGAAUCGUUCUGGACAUUCGACCUCUUCAUCCGAGAACUCGACAAUUUAAUCGACCAUCUAAAUCUACGCGACAGGGGAUACCACAUCCUAGGCCAAAGCUGGGGCGGCAUGCUCGGCAGCGCGUAUGCCGCGAAGCAGCCGCGCGGGUUACGGAAGUUAGUACUUUCGGGUGCGCCGGCGAGUAUGCCGUUGUAUAAACAGGCUUGUAAGAUUCGGCUCGCGGGGUUGCCCGAGGAUGUGCGGUUGACGCUGGAGGCGUGUGAUAAGGCCGGGGAUCAUGAUAGUGUGGAGUUUAAGAAUGCGGCGGCGGUGUUUAUUAAGAGGCAUGUGUGUAGACUUGACCCGCUGCCGGAGCCGAUUCAGAGGGCGUUUCGGAAUUUGAAGGAUGAUUCUACGGCGUAUAGUACUAUGCAAGGGCACUCGGAAUUCGAUACGGUCGGCACGCUUAAGGAUUGGGAGGGCUGGAAGGAAGCAGCUAACAUUGUGGCGCAAACGUUGCUGCUCAAUGGCAAGUAUGAUGAGGUUAUGGAUUUCGUGGUAGAGCCAUUCUUUAAGAAUAUUAAUAAGGUCAAGUGGGUGACACUGGAAGAUGCAAGUCACUCGAUGAUGUGGGAGAGCCGAGAACGGUAUAUGCAGCUUGUUGGUGACUUUUUAACUUAUGAAUAAGUAAGUAGUGACUCUAGCAAUCGAACUUAUUAUAUCGUUACUAGAAGGGAACAGAGUUGUUUCCCGGAUUUCCCCUUAACAUCUCCGUAGUUUCUUAUCUCCGAUCAAUU